AUGUCCACCACCAUUAGCUUGACAGCCCCCAAUGGGCACAAGUACGAUCAGCCUAUUGGCCUUUUCAUAAACAACGAAUUUGUUGCGUCAAAGUCCGGCGAGAAGUUUGCCACCAUCAACCCUAGUGACGAGUCAGAAAUCACACAAGUAUACGCUGCCGGAGAAGAAGAUGUCGAUAUCGCAGUCAAGGCAGCUCGCAAGGCGCUCAAGGAUCCCUCAUGGAAGCUCCUUCCCGCAACAGACCGAGGCAACCUGAUGCUCAAGUUGGCUGACCUCAUUGAUCAAAACAAGGAAACCUUGGCCACCAUUGAGACAUGGGACAACGGUAAACCCUACUCGGUUUCUCUGAACGAUGAUCUUUCAGAGGUCGUCAACACCAUUCGCUACUGUGCAGGGUGGGCCGAUAAGAUUCACGGGCAGACCAUUAGCACAACGCCGGCCAAGUUUGCAUACACUCUGCGCCAGCCUAUCGGUGUCGUUGGCCAAAUUAUCCCAUGGAACUUCCCUCUGGCUAUGGCUGCAUGGAAGCUGGGACCGGCUUUGGCCUGCGGCAACACUGUUGUUCUGAAACCUGCAGAGCAGACUCCUCUUAGUAUCUUGUACCUUGCCAACUUCAUCAAGGAAGCCGGUUUCCCUCCCGGUGUUGUAAACAUCGUGAACGGUCUUGGAAGAGUGGCAGGGACGUCAUUAGUUACCCACCCCGACGUGGAUAAGGUUGCUUUUACUGGUUCGACUAUGACUGGUAGGGAGAUUAUGAAGAUGGCAGCCGGAACCAUGAAGAAUGUCACACUGGAGACCGGCGGCAAAUCGCCUCUACUUGUUUUCGACGAUGCAGACCUCGAGCAGGCGGCCAAGUGGGCACACAUUGGUAUCAUGUACAACCAAGGGCAAGUGUGCACGGCCACUUCGCGUAUCCUCGUGCACGAGCGAGUUCACGAUGAAUUCGUCAAGCUCUUCCGCGAGGCCGUGGCCACUACCAGCAAGGUCGGAGAUCCAUUUGCCGAUGACACAUUCCAGGGCCCCCAAGUCACCAAGGCUCAGUACGAGCGCGUCCUUUCAUACAUCGAGAGUGGCAAGCAGGAGGGCGCUACCUUGGUUGACGGCGGUGUCCCAUACAAGGACGUCAAGGACGGCAAGGGCUUCUACAUUGCGCCUACAAUUUUCACCAACGUCAAGGACGACAUGCGCAUCUACCGCGAGGAAGUGUUCGGACCGUUCGUCGCUAUCGGCAAGUUCUCCACUGAGGAUGAGGCCGUUAGCCGCGCCAACGACACCACCUACGGAUUGGGAGCUGCCGUCUUCACCAAGGACAUUGAGCGGGCCCACCGAGUUGCAUCUGAGAUCGAAGCUGGUAUGGUCUGGAUCAACAGCAGCAACGACAGCGACUUCCGUGUGCCCUUUGGAGGUGUCAAGCAGAGUGGUAUCGGCCGUGAACUCGGUGAAGCUGGUCUGGAAGCGUACACACAGGUCAAGGCUGUGCACGUCAACAUGGGAACCAAGCUGUAG